GUCUUAUGAUCAAAAUCAACUGGUUUAAAUCAAAAUUAUUUUAUCGUUUUUAAAAAGUUGCAAAUACUUCUUUUAAAGGACACAUACAGUCAUGUUUUGUACAUUAAUAACGUGUUUGAUAAACCCUCCUAAACAUACACUUUUGGUUAUGUGUUGCUUGGAAGUUGAUAGAUAUUUAUAGAUUUCCUUUCAUCCCUCACGGUUGUUUGUAUAUGAGCACGAGUGUUCUUGUUUGACUUAGGAACACUUCGAGUGUAUUAAUUCAAUUAGUGGAAACGGAAAUAACUGAUAAUUUACACGUGGAUACUUUCGUUUUUAUCAUGUUUGGUAUUGGUUUUACGCACGCACGCCCGUGUGCAACGGGCAGAUCAAACAGAUGCUGCAUAUACUGCACAUACAAACGUGGCGAAAACAAAAACACGUGUAUUAAUACAUUCAAAUAUAAAUGAACGGCACCCUGAAGCAGAUUAUUUGUUGGCCACAAUUCCACCUUGCAACAAGGUGAGUAAAUGUUUAGAAAUCAUGCAUGCAGCUGGAUUGUUUUCUAGUUUCUUUAACUUUCACUGACUCACUGAUUUUCAACCUCAAAAUCCUCCAUAUUAGGGUCGGGGUGGACUGGUGCCAACCCCACAGGGCGAAAGGCGAGGUACACCCUGGACAAGUUCAUAUAGUUUUAAAACUAAAUUAAUUUUCCGUUAUGCAAAAGGUUCAAAUAUAUACACUCGACCAUUUUCGUCGCUGUUCUCCACGAAAACACAUGUAUGAGGUCAUCGUUGUCAAUUGGAGGAAUGUGGACGAUUGUGACUUUAAAUGUACGUCAUUUCCUAUCCAAGCACUGAGGAACAGUUCUUUUAAAGACUCGAUUCGUUUGUUCACUCUGCGGGUAAACGGUUUUUCUCCGCUUCAGUACAACUGAGGGCUGUAAACAUCGAAGCUUCAUGAUGAAGCGUGGGAUCAUACAGUUGUCCUGGGGACGGUACGUUUCCAUAUUUAUUUUUCUUUCUGCCACAAUGAACACAGUUUCCGCCGUCACCCAUUAUUCUGUUCCCGAAGAAAUGGAGGAAGGAUCUGUCGUCGCGAAUUUAGCAGCUGAUUUGAGAUUAGACGUGAAGACGCUACGUGAAAGAAAAAUGCGAAUAGACGUUGUAGCCAACAAAAAAUAUCUGGACAUCAACAAGGACACGGGAGAGCUGUUUAUAUUGGAAAGGAUAGAUAGGGAAUUGUUAUGUCCACUGAAAACAACCACGUCGUGCUUUCUUAAAUUAGACGCAACGAUUGAAAAUCCGAUACGGAUGUUCAAUAUUGAGGUUGAAAUCAUGGACAUUAAUGAUAACGCUCCUCAUUUCCGACGAGGGACGAUGCACCUGGACAUCUCUGAGUCAAGCCCCAUCGGAGAGAGAUUCUCACUGAAUAACGCUGCGGAUCCAGAUGUUGGAGCAAACUCCGUGAAAAAUUAUCACCUGAGCUUAAGUGAAUAUUUCACCAUUGAAAUUCAGACAGGGAGAGAUGGGACUAAGUUUGCUGAUUUGAUACUUAAAAAAGCUUUAGACAGAGAGCAGCAGGGAGUUCAUAAUUUAAUCCUGACUGCUGUGGACGGUGGAGUCCCCACGCGCACAGGUACAGCCAGCAUCAUUGUUCGUGUGCUUGAUGUGAAUGACAACGCCCCUUCAUUUGACAAAGACAAAUAUGUCGUACGUGUGAUGGAAAACUCCCCAAUUGGAAGUCUAGUAAUCAAACUAAACGCUACUGAUUUAGAUGAAGGAUCUAAUUCUGAUAUUGUUUAUUCAUAUAGUUUGUAUACAUCAGAGAAAACACAAAAUAUGUUUAACCUCAAUCCAGAAAAUGGUGAAAUUAGAGUAAAGGAGAUGAUUAAUUAUGAGGAUAUUAAACUGUAUGAAAUGGAGGUUAUUGCCAGUGAUAAAGGACAAAAUUCUUUAUCUGGUCAAUGUAAACUGACAAUACAAGUGACAGAUAUGAACGAUAAUCAUCCAGAGAUUUCCAUCAAAUCAUUUCAUAGUCCAAUCAAAGAAAAUGAACCAGUAGACACAGUGAUAGCUGUAGUUAGUGUCAGUGAUAAAGACUCAGGUGACAAUGGAAUAGUUGAUGUUCAUAUUCCAGAUAAUAUGCCUUUCAAACUGAGAGAAUCCUCUGAUAACUAUUAUGAAUUAGUGGUGUCAGAGCCCUUAGACCGAGAGAAGGUUCCAGAAUAUGACAUCACUUUCACUGUUACAGACAGAGGCUCUCCUCCUUUAUCUGACAAUGAAACUAUGACUUUAGAGUUGCUGGAUGUUAAUGACAAUGUCCCACAGUUCCCUCUGUCAUUUUAUACUAUACGUGUGAUGGAGAAUAACGCACCUGGGGCCUUGCUCAGUUCACUCACUGCCUUUGACCCUGACCUCCAUGAAAACCAGUAUCUAGUUUACUUCAUCCUGGAGAAGGAGAUAGCCAACACCUCCAUGUCCAUGUUGUUCUCCAUCAAUCCAGAGAACGGUAAUCUUUACGCACUGAAAACUUUUGACUAUGAGAUCGAGAAGGAGUUUCUUUUCCACAUCGAGGCCAGAGACUCUGGCUCUCCUCCACUCAGCAGUAACGUGACUGUACACGUCAUUAUCGUGGACCAGAAUGACAACGCACCGGUUAUUGUCUCUCCGUGGCGCGCGCACGGCUCAGUGGUAGAGGAAAAGAUCCCAAGAUCCACUGAUAAAGGAUCACUGGUUGCCAAAGUGAUCGCCUUAGACACAGACUCCGUGCACAACUCUCGGAUUACCUACCAGUUUCUACAGGUGACUGACGCCACCUUGUUCAGUCUGGACCAAUAUAACGGAGAGAUCCGGACCAUGAGAAUGUUCAGUUACAAAGAUCCACGCCACCAGAGAAUGGUUGUUGUUGCCAAGGACAACGGGGAGCCUGCUCUCUCUGCUACAGUCACCAUCAAACUGUCCACAAUGGAGACUGCAGUUAAGGCCUACUCUGACAUGACUGAGGUGCCUCUGGAGUAUGACAUCUUCUCAGACCUGAACCUGUAUUUGGUGAUCGGUCUGGGUUCUGUGUCAUUUCUCCUGCUGAUCACCAUAUUGGUCACCAUCGUGCUCAAGUGUCAGACACCUAAGAGCAGCAAAGCAGCUCCUCCCAGCAGGAACAGUGUGAUCAGUGAGAGGAACUCCACCAUCGCAGAUUCCACUCUGGUGUCCAACGAUGCCUACUGGUACAGUCUGUUUCUAGCAGAGACCAGGAAAGGAAAGAUGGUGGUCAGACAGCCGGUGCCAAAGGGCUCGAGAUACAUCGUGUCCAGUAUCCCAAGAGGAACAGGAAUAUCAGAUACUAGUGACUCAGCAGCUUCUACUCUGCAGUAUCCUAAAUGAGGGAAGUCCACUCUGCAGUUGGAGGCAUCCACCACCAGCAGUAGCAGUUCAAAAUAAGGCCACAUGCCUCCCGCUGCAUCCUGGGUAUUCUACACUGACAUGACGGCUUUACAGAGGAAAGAAGAGACCCUUGUACCCACCCCCACGUCUGUCCAGCUCAGUCUAGUCCCUGUUCCAUGUGUGGAUGUCGUGCUUUAACAUCACAUAGACUGUGAUGGACAAUCAGUGAUGCAACCCCUCCCCUCUUUUUCCUUUAAGCACAUAAAAUCAAUCAAUAUUGCCUCCCUGUCCAUUCAAAAUGCAUGAGACUGCAUGGCUUCAACCUCACUCCCAGACUUUUAAAAAAAUGAUGAGAUUGAAGAUGAGAUUUGAGAUUUGCAAAGAAGCAGAUUGUACAUGGAAUUGUACCAGUGGAUAUUCAAGGAGGCCACAAUAAGGACUGGUGGAGUGGACAAAGGAAUGUUGAAAUGCCUUUAAGAGUCCGUUUUCUCUCUCUAAAAAAGAAACAUGUUGGAUAUUGCAUUUUAACCCAUGCGCUUGCUCAAUUGCAGCAUUUAUGUAUUAUCAAAUAGAAGUGAAACAGCACAAUUCAACAAAUGUGAGAAAAGCACCAACCUUUUAUUUUAAGUGUGAAUCAGUAUUUUAUAAAUGUGGUAGCUUUUAAUGUUUUUUUGUUUGUAUGUUGUGCUUUAAAUUAGCUAGUCCUGACAGAUUAGUUUAGAGUUAUAAGUACAUCUAAUAGAUAAGUGUAACGCCUUAAGGUAUUGUGUACCUGUCGUUGUUGUUUUUGCAUGAACUACUGUGAUAGUAUUAGAUAUUUCUUAAUAUUGACUAUGCCUUUGCUGUAGUUAAGCAUCAAAAAAACAAUUAAGAGGAUCAUCACAUUUGACGGGACCACAAUAUGAAGAAAAACAGUGUAUAUCUUGUUGUUGUUAAGGUUCACGGUCUUCAGCUAGGGUCAGCAGGUCUGUCAUGUCAUUCCCUUUUUCUAAUGUCUCAGCAAAAUGAGUACAGUGUUCUUAUGUUUUGUAAACAUUGACAUUACAGGAUAAUAAGUCCUUAAAAACUAACAGAAGGGAAUUUUGUAAGUCUUUGAAAUUAAUGAUCAAUGUGUCAUGAUUUCUGAACAGAUAAUGGAAAUGAUCAUGUACUUCUUUUUUUUUUUCCAUUUCUAAAGCCAAAGUCUAGAUAUUCCUUAAUUUCAGCACUGUUUGAGAUUGUACAAAAAGCUGAAAACUCAGAAGUUACCAUGAAGACUAAAUGUGUGCAAUUUAAACUCAAUGAAAGCUGUGCUCAUCCGUGUUACAGACUAUGUGUAUAAAGAUACAACUGAUGUGUGCUGUAUAUCAUAUAUCUGUAUCUAUACAUCUGCUGUUAAAUACUAACGCCAAUGCUGGACAUAAGCAAAAACAGUGUGACACUUGUGCCAUCGGAUUUUACGGAGCCAACUAGUAUGUAAAACAUUUACAUGUGGUCAAACUCUUUAGCACAGCCGACAUGGCAUUACUUGUAUAAAAAUGUGAUACAUGUGUUACAGGCAAACAUACAAGUGCUUUUGUACAGUGGUAUAUUUAUAGUGACAUAUAGUGACUUGUAAAACGUGAGCUUAUUGUAUGUUAUGGUUUGGUCUAUGAUAUAAUAAAUACAAACUGCAAAAUAAAAAGAAUAAUG